AUGGUCGAAUUUUGUCUACACUGGGAAAAAGACUACGACAAUUUUAAGGAUCUCUGGGAUACGACACCGACAGAAAAGCAAAGCUCGAAUUUAUUGAUUGAAAAACUCUGUACUAUUGAACUGCGUGAACAAGACAUUAAUGGAAGUGCAGCUUUUGUCACUGGGCAGCAGUGUCCACAGAACACUCGUGGCAGCAAUAAAAGAAAAGAGAAGAAGCGAGAAUGUGAACACGCUGCAUUUACUUCAUACGCUAUGGGUGUGUGUACCAGUAAUCACAGUGACCGAAAUAAAUGGUAUUGCGUCAGAGGCGCUACAAAUCAUAUCACUCCCAACAAACAGUAUUUUGUUUCGUAUAGUGAAUUUGAUGCUCCUCAAGUAAUUUCAUUGGGAAACACGAUGUCAAAAUGUGUGCGGACGGUCAAGGAACAGUUUACAUCCAAAUUCGACGAAACAAUAAAUGGUACAAUGCUAGAAUAA